UCCCAAAAACCCUCCGAUAAAAGCCUCUAGCUCUCGCACAGACACGCGCUCUCUCUCAUUCUCGCUAUAGUGCGUCUCUACAAGACUAGGGCUCUGUGAAGGACGAUUGUUCUUCUCGAGAUCUGCUGUAAAACAUCUUUGGCGAGGAUAACCAUGGCUCUGGUCUUGCAUGCAGGAAAAAAUAACAAAAAUGCCGUCAAGGCGCUUAUUGCUGCGGAGUACAGUGGCGUCCAGGUUCAGCUGGUCAAGAAUUUUGAGAUGGGUGUUUCAAACAAAACUCCCCAGUUUAUUAAGAUGAACCCUCUUGGAAAGGUUCCUGUGUUGGAAACACCUGAUGGUCCUGUGUUUGAGAGCAAUGCCAUUGCACGUUAUGUUACUCGUUUGAAGAGUGAGAAUCCUCUGUACGGGUCUUCCUUGAUCGAAUAUGCUCAUGUUGAGCAGUGGAUUGAUUUUUCUACAACUGAAAUUGACUCCAAUAUUGUGCGUUGGUUAUACCCACGAAUUGGAGCUGUUGGGCCGUACCUUCCCCCGGCUGAGGAAGCUGCUAUUUCUGCUUUGAAGAGAGCACUUGGUGCUUUGAACACACAUCUUGCUUCCAACACUUACUUGGUUGGACAUUCUGUCACCCUUGCUGACAUCAUCUUGACCUGUAACUUGUGUUUGGGAUUUUCUCGUGUCAUGACCAAGAGCUUUACCUCGGAGUUUCCACAUGUUGAGCGUUACUUCUGGACCAUGGUUAACCAGCCCAAAUUCCACAAGAUGUUGGGUGAGGUCAAGCAGACUGAAGCUGUUCCUCCAGUUCAGUCAGCGAAGAAGCCUUCUCAGCCCAAAGAGCCUGUUAAACCGAAGACCAAGAAUGAGCCCAAAAAAGAGGCAAAAGAAGAGGCAAAGCCUAAGGCUGAAGAUGCUGAUGAGGAAGAAGAGGCACCAAAACCCAAAGCAAAGAAUCCCCUUGAUCUAUUGCCUCCUAGUAAGAUGGUAUUGGAUGAAUGGAAGAGGCUCUACUCAAACACCAAGACCAACUUCCGUGAGGUUGCCAUUAAAGGUUUCUGGGACAUGUAUGACCCAGAGGGAUAUUCUCUCUGGUUUUGUGAUUACAAGUACAAUGAUGAGAACACUGUAUCAUUUGUCACCUUAAACAAGGUCGGUGGUUUCCUCCAAAGGAUGGAUCUGGCUCGUAAAUAUGCUUUUGGAAAGAUGCUGGUUAUUGGCUCAGAGGCUCCAUUCAAGGUGAAGGGGUUGUGGCUCUUCCGUGGACCAGAGAUACCUCAGUUUGUGAUGGAUGAGUGCUAUGACAUGGAACUAUACGAGUGGACCAAAGUUGACAUCUCAGAUGAAGCACAGAAGGAGCGUGUUAGUCAGAUGAUUGAAGAUGCCGAACCAUUUGAGGGAGAGGCCCUGUUGGAUGCAAAGUGUUUCAAGUGAUAAGUCAACUGCUUCCAUUAGCCCUUUUAGCUGAAAGGUUUUUGCUACCCAUUACAUAAUUUUUCUCUGUUAUGUACUUCAUGCUUCAGAAAAAUUUACUCUUUCUAUUCGUAGCUUUCAUUCUUAGUUUUUUUCAGGUUUGCCCAUCGUGCUUUGAUGUUAGGACAGAAUAUGGUUUAUGUAUUUUGAGUGUAGUCAUUUAGACAUUUUCAACAAUUUUCCUUUUGCAGAGCUUAUAUGAAUUCUUGUGGUUGAGUAGCA